AAUCCCAAUGCUGAAUUUCCUGAUAAUCAAGAUAGUUCUAUUAACAAUCCUUUAGAUGCUUUACCCAAAACUGAGACAAAUAUAACUACCGAGGAAUCAAACGUUCAACACUUCCUACCCCUGACCUCUAACGCUUGUGGCUCAAUGAUCAAG